AGGGUUUAAUGAUGAACAAGAAAUAGGGUCUGUCCUGGCUCUCUCUCGUGUUUUUCCCUUUUGCUCUCACUGGUGCCCUCCUCCCAUUCCGUAGGAGCAGAGCAUGUGUAUCCAGUUUGUAUAAUGCAGUCAAAACCCUAAAACCUGGCCAUCACACCGUCUCAGAAGAUCGUUUUUCGACCGACCUUCACUCGUAGUCUCUGACUCUCUAGAUAAUAUGGCGGAGCGUCCUGUACAUGAUCAACAACAUCAACCUGAUCCGCCCCUUCAGUCCGCAACAGCUCCAAAGGAAGACAUGAUGGCGUGCCUGUUGGCGUUAGAGGCUGCUUUGCUUCCAUGUUUACCUGCUAGAGAACUCCAAGCAAUAGACCGUUCUCCUCACCCUUCUCACCAGAUUGAUGUGGAGAGGCACGCCAGAGAUUUCAUGGAGGCUGCUAAGAAACUUCAAUUGUACUUUAUCAGUCUGCAACGUGAAGAUCAACCAACUAAGGCUGAAACACUUGUAAAGGAGAUCGCUGUGAUGGAGGAAGAGUUGAAGAUAAAGAACGAGAUCAUCAAUAAGCAAGAGAAUCUUAUUCAAGGGUGGAGAAAAGAGUUGAAAGACCAACUAUACAGACACCAUACUGAGUUGGAGAGGGUGUAGUCAGUGAGCAAUAGGAAUGGUCUUAAUCAAACAACCUUUAGUUUUCGGAAACAAUUUCUUGGUAAAUCUAAUAUGACCAUUGCUUUGUCUUUCUCUGGAGGUUUUUUUAAUACCCUCUUGUUGACUACUUUCUCUUCUUUAAAGCUCUCUCUCUCUCUCUCUCUCUCUCUGUGUGCAAAUCCUUCAUGUGCAGCACACGUUAGUCCUCUGUACUUAACCUUGUGUUCUCUUGAGAGCUAGGUUUUGAGGCCGGGAGUUGAAGCAACACAGCUCGACCUGGGUAGUAGCUUUAGAUGUAAAGUAAUUUGUUGUAUUAUUCUUUUGUUAGUGCUUUUGGAUUUCAUUUUUAGUAUUUGAUUUAAAGUUUGGUAUUCCUGAGAAAGCAAACGAGAACAAGUGUCUGUAAACUAGAGGGUUGAAUAAUCAUGUUUUGUAGUGGAUGUAGGCUUGAUUAAUUAGAAUCGUUUUUAGCUGUUGUUUUGAAUUUAUUCUCGCUA